AAAGCCAGGAAAUCAAGCACCAUGAGUUCAAAUACAGAUAUAAACAAAAGUGUCUCCCCGACUGCCGAGGAACAGCUAGAUGAACCUGAUGGCCCCUUGCCUGGCUCGGCCAGUGACCAGGAAAACAAAGUAAGAUUAUCUCCAGUCAAAAUGUCAACCAAGAACUCUACAGAUCUAGUUGAAUAUGUUGACAAAGAAAUUAAUAGGAAUUUUGACUCAAACUUACAGAUUUUAGAAGACCAAAUAAGAGCCCGAGACCAGGCGGCCACAGGGACUAAUUUUGCAGUACAGGAGCUAAACAGCAGACACCUUCAAGGAGUUGGAGACCUUCGAGGAAGAGUAGCCAGAUGUGAUGCCAGCAUUGUGAAGCUUUCUGGAGACAUUCAUUUCAUCAGGCACGAGUACCGGCAAAUUGAAAAAACAAUUCAAGAGCUCAUAUCUUCCCUAGAAACUGUUUCUAAGAACUUGGAAAUGAAGGAGACACGAAGUGGACUGGCCAAAAACGCCCCUGAUGCAGAACUCAGGCAUGUCAGAAGAGGAGCUGGCCAAGGCCAUGGAAGGGCUGGGCAUGGAGGAAGGGGUGGUGAAGGGAACAUCCUCCCCAUCAUGCAGGGUAUCCUGCAGAACCUACUGUCCAGGGAGGUGCUGUACCCGUCACUGAAGGAGAUCACAGGAAAGUGUCCAGAAUGGUUGCAGAGUCACUGGGAAUCUCGACCUCCAGAACAGUUUGGAAAAUAUCAGGAACAGCGCAGUGUCAUGGGCAAGAUGUGUGAGCAGUUUGAAGCAGAGACAGACGCCCACAGGCAACUGAACUCACUUGCAAAUAAUCUGUACGAGGAAGUUGAGAAAAAUCAAAAAAGGACAGAAAGCCAGCUCAUCAAAUAUGACAAGGACCAGCUGGGCCACAUGAACUCGUGUCUGAAGCUCCUGCAGGAGAAGCAGGAAAACUCUGAAAAUAAAAUGGGAGAAAAAUUACUGCAGCUUUCAAGCAAAUUAGAGAAUUUCAUUAACACACACACACAGGAUGCAGCACUAAGCAAAGUUAAGCACAUAGAAAAUAAACUGCGUAAAAAGAUGAGCCAACUGGAAAAACACAUCUGGGAUGAAUUAGAGAAAAUGCAGAGUGAAUGUCAAUCAGGUUUUAAAUCAAUUCAUGACUCUCUCACCUCCCUCCAACAAAUACAGAAAACAAAGAUGGAUUUAGAGAUACAUAAAGUACAGAAAGACCUAAAGAAAUUACACCGUAAGAUAGUUGAUUUCCAGGAAGUGUGAAACUUUCCAGUCUUCUUUUUCACCAGCCAAUGGAGUGGUUUGCUGGUAAAAGCUGAGAAGAAGAAAGUUAAUAUCUGAGAUGUUCAUUGCUUCCUCUGUCUCUGUAUUUCUUACCACCUUUUUA